AAGACGCUUCGCUGUGCUAUUUCUGUCACGUAUAUAUUCGCUGUUGCAUAUAGGUGUACUGACAUCGAGAACACAAAUAGUUAGUAAACGGUGCGAAAUAGGGGUAAAGAAAGAUUGAAGUUUGUAUUAUCUUUGAUUACUGCAUCGUAGUUUGGUCGGAUUUUGGGUGUUUUUCUUUGACAGUGAUCGUGAUACUUGAAGUGAUAGUGACAACAAUGUCCGUGAUUAUGGAUUGUUUUUGUCAGUAGCGGACGUGUAAAGGUUGUUUAUCGCUUUGUUUGGCUGACUUCUGACAAAAGAUUCUGAUCUAUCAUUUUUUCUUAUCUUCGUGAAACGUUCACCGGCGAACUUUCUGUUUAGCGUAAAUUUUUGGUCGGAGAAACGGUGUCUUUUGUUUCUCAAGGGUAGUCGUCCGUCCUUUACACCGUUUCCCUCUCUUUACGCCUGCACGUCAUUCGCGCGGUGCAAGAAGGCAACAACUCGUCACGGCUAAAGCUUGAUCCAAGGACCGAUUGCUGAAAUCGGGACUAUACGCAGACGGUAAAUUCGUCUUGAUAUCUUUAAUUAGAGAUCUGUGAUGUACAAGUUCGGCGCCGCGGGAAAAAUCAUAACGUCCACGAUUAAUUUCGUACACUCAAAGAGGAAAGGAAUUUUCAUAUACAUAAAAAAAAUGUACAAAGACUCGAUAAGUCUUCGAAGUAGUAGAAAUUUUUUAACCUUUCGAUUAUAUUGAACUAUCUUGGCUGUGCGACUGAGAAACGAGGCCAAGUUUUGUCAAGAAGUACGCUAAAGGUCAUCGACUCCUGUGCAACGUAAUGGAGUAUUAAUGACAAAAGCGUUCCGAUAGGAGAUGCACCAAGAGUAUUCAGUACAGAGACACCCUGUUUAUCUGAUGUAAGGAAAACCACUGUUCUUGGCAAGAUGAAGUUGCUUGAAAGUACACGUUUCGAAGCUAUAAACAGUGCCUUGUCCAUCAAAACUGGAGACAGCAAAAUAAUAGGCAGAAUAGAGAGUUACUCUUGCAAAAUGGCUGGAAAUGACAAACAGCUGUAUAAACGUUUCAAUGCUGAACAAGGUUUCACUCCACAUGAUCUUCAAGCACUAUCACCACCACAAACAUCUUUGGGAACGUCACCUGCUCAAGGAUACUUUAGUCGUAGCGUUUCCGGCGACGAAGAUGGCCCACUGUGUGACACAAUCAGUAGGAAAACGUUAUUCUAUUUGAUUGCCACUUUAAAUUCAGCUUUUCACCCAGAUUAUGAUUUCUCUGAUGCUAAGAGCCACGAAUUCAGUAAAGAACCAAGCUUGCAAUGGGUGAUGAAUGCUGUAGACAGUAAUUUAAGCGCAACGGCGGGAGAUCAUUAUCGCACUCUCCGAACAGCACUUUGGGCCGCUAUUGAUGAUGAAAUAUCAUUAAGCGAAUGUGAUAUUUAUAGUUAUAAUCCAGACUUUGUAUCUGAUCCAUUUGGAGAAGAUGGAUGCCUGUGGUCGUUUAAUUAUUUCUUCUACAAUAAGAAAUUAAAGCGCAUUGUGUUUUUCCCAUGCAGAGCAAUAAAUCCUCUCUAUGUGCUAGAUUCUGGAGUGGGCAGUGAUUUUGCCAUGGAUGAAGACGAAGAAAGAUACUAAAUUUAUAAAUACACAUUUACAAACUUUAUCAUUGUCUUUAUUAGUUCUGCCAUACAAAGGCAUCAGUGAACAUUCAGUUUCACCUAUUACAUAUUAUGUACAAUGAUACAUCUUAACUUUCAUGAUUGUAUAUAUCUUCUUUUGCAGUGAUAUUUGUUUAAAAUUCAAUACUUCUAAUAGAAAAUUCUAUCGUUUCCCUUCUUAGAUUUUGGCGUAGUAUAAAAGUUUAACUAUAGUCCAAAAAAAUCAAACAGAAGAAUAAGUUUGAAAUAUAUCAGAAUCUUAUUCUAUUCUUGGAAAUUCAUCAUUUUUAUAUAUAAUGUUAUUGUUCAAUAUACUUCAAGAGUAUAAAUCAGCUACGUGUUAACCAAAUUUUUAUGUCUAAGAACUAUAUGAAUUUUCUUUCAGAUAUAAAUAUUCGCGUAUGAUGUAUCUGUGGCAAUCUUCUUACUGUUUAAAUUCAAAAGCAACAAACUUAGCGGAUUUUUAAAUUGAUGUUGUACUAAGUUAGCCUUUUAGAUCUCUGUUAAAUCACCAUGGCAAUAAGAAUAAAAGUAAAACAUUUCUAAUCCGUACUAUAAAAAUGGGAGUACAAAAUCAGUAGAGCAAUAGUAGAUUUAAAAGUGCAGCAUUAACUUUUGAAUCCUAGUCAUUAUAUUUUUAAGUUACGGAACGAUUUGUUAGCUGUUUGUGCUCUUUACUAAAAACCGUCAGUCACAAAAUGUUUUUGUCGUAUCUAUAAACUUUUAGUAUAAAACUACAUUUUUUCAAUGUUUCAUAUAUGCGUAGAAUUUUUUAAUAGAUAUACACGCUCCUAAUUUAUGUGUUGUUACAUUCAAUGUGUUAUUAUAUUCAUUGUUUUGAACGAAGAUUCUCAAUCGAUCUAUCGAAAUAAUUUCGAAUUUAUAAAAAAGAUCGUAUAGUAUGUAAACUUUACAAAAGCAUAGUAGAUUUUUUUAGAACUUUCAUAAUUGAAUACAAAUUUAAUUUUAUGUCACUGAUGAAUAUAUAUUAUAUACACUUAUAUAUACAUAUAUAACUACGAAUUACAAAAAAAAGAUAACACUAUGCUCGAAUUAGAUAAUUAAAUUUUGAUUAAAAACACUAAUUUUGAAGUGACUUCUAUAAUACACGUAUUAUUUUAGUUUCCUUAAGACUGCAGCAUUUGAAUAAAUUUUACAAAUCAUAAUUCAACGCUACAUUACUUUUCUGUUUACACCAUUAAAAACAGAUGUAUUUACUAUGUAGUAUUUACCUUUACCAGAUUAACUUGUGUACAUCAAAUAAAUAAAACAAGCACAAACCUA